ACCAAGAGGACCGCGAUGCAUUCUCGCUCCCUUAUUCAUCCCCUUGCCCGGCGCUGGAGGCCACCGCCUGGGCUGCCCCUUCCGUUGCUGCUCCGGGCUUUGGAGAUCCGCGGCGGCGGUGCUUGGAGUCGGAAGGAGAGCGGCAGCGGCCCACGAUGGAGCCCCCGGAGCCGGGCUUGUGGAGGUUGCGAGGCCGCCGCCGGCCGGGUCCUGCGCGCUGGUGGCGGCAGCGCCGCUGCUCCUUCUGCCCGGGCUUCCCCAGGCAGCAGUGGCGUCUGCUGGUGGCCGGGCUGACUUGCUGCGCCGCGCUGGCCUUGUACGCCGCCAGCAGCCUGCAGGACCUGCCGCUCCUCGGGGGCCGCGGCCGGCACAAGGAUGAGGAGGAAGAGCCGGUGACCGUCCUCCUGUGGUGGGAGCCCUUCGGGCGCAGCCGGCGCCUGGGCGACUGCCGCCUGCGGUUUAACAUCAGCGCUUGCAACCUCACCACCGACCGCAGUCGCCACGCGGAGGCGCAAGCCAUCCUCUUCCAUCACAGGGACCUCAUGGUGGAGGGCAUGGGCCAGCUGCCCCGAGUCAGGCCCCUUGCCCAACACUGGGUCUGGAUGAACUUUGAGUCUCCCUCGCAUUCCCAGGGCCUCCGGGACCUGGCUGGCAUUUUUAACUGGUCCAUGACCUACAGGGUGGACUCCGAUGUCUUUGUGCCCUACGGAUACCUCCAGCCCAGCCGGGCACCUGCUCUGCACCUCGCCUUGCCCAGGAAGACCAAGCUGGUGGCGUGGGUCAUCAGCAACUGGAACGAAGACCAUGCCCGUGUCCGCUACUACCGCCAGCUGAAGGACUACCUCCCUAUCGACGUUUACGGGGCCCAAGGCCUGGAGCUGAAGAACAACAAUGUGGUCAAGACCGUCUCGGAGUACAAGUUCUACUUGGCCUUUGAAAAUUCCCAGCACACGGACUACAUUACCGAGAAACUCUGGAGGAACGCCUUCAAGUCCUGGGCCGUGCCCAUCGUCUUGGGCCCCCCGAGGUCCAACUACGAGCUUUUUGUUCCCUCGGAUUCCUUUAUCCAUAUUGAUGAUUUUGCUGGCCCCAUGCAGCUGGCCCUUUACCUGAAAUUCCUAGAUAAAAACAAGAGCAGAUACCGGAGGUAUUUUGCCUGGAGGAAGCGAUAUGAUGUCCAGGUGACCUCCUUCUGGGACGAGCACUGUUGCAGGGUUUGCAAGGCAGUCAGGAUUGCAGGCAAGCAACCCAAGACCAUCCAAAAUCUAGCUAACUGGUUUGAGAAUUGACCCUGUAGGGGUUAGGUUUCUAUGCAGGACUCUUUGUUUUAUAAAGGAGGGAAUUAUGAGAGGUACCAAGAGUUGGGGUUGAUGAGUUCUCCUAGGUAAUAUACAUAGGGCAAGGAAACUCUCAGGGAUUUAUCUGGGGGCAAAUUCACAAGUUUGGAUUGCUUUGCUUCAAACACCAGGUGGUUAGUCACCAUGGAUUGUUGACUUUCAUUGGCUCUCUUCAGUGCAGAUUUGCAUGUUCACCAAGUUCACAUGGUAGCGUCCCUGUUGGGCUGUACCACUUCAGAUGGGGAAACUGUAUUUGAAUGCUUCUCUGUGUUAAUUCCCCCCCCCUGCAACUAGAAAACGAACACUUUAGUUCUUGUGAUAUACUAGAAAUUUUAAUGCAGGGAGUAUUCAUACAUGUGGUUCCCCCUCAACACACACAUCUGAAGUGUGAAAUGUAAGAGCCCCAGAAGGACUGUGCCAAGUAAUUUUGCUGAAUGUGUAACUCGAUAGUUAUUUUGCAGGGGAUUUAAAGGUGAUGAUCUAUGGUGACUGGCCACAAGAUGACUGUUAAGGCAUGAUGCUUGAUCUUCAGAAUGGCCAACCAGUUUGAGAUCAUGAUUUGCCAUCUCUGGGCUCCAUCCACAUUUUGAAGCUUUUCUGUGUCACCAUGAGCUAUGAUGGUUGAUUGAUGGUUUUAUGAGACUAACCAUCACAACAAAAUUGCCUGAAAAUGUCAAAAUGAAAUCUUCUCAUCACAUAAGCACCACUGGUAAAUAAUUGCAAAACUCAAGCCAAAGCCAAUGUUGCCAUUUUACAGGUUACCAAAUGGUAAUUGCAGAUUCAGAAUGUUCAAAUGUGUGAACAUACCUUGACUUGGGUAUUCAAAGGGGGCUUUAUAAGUGUGGCUAAAUGAAGUUCCAUCAUUAGGUAUUGAUAGAUCUGGUGCUGCUUCAAAACCAGUAUUCUCUUAGAUACAAACCAUCGUGGUCUUCUGUCGUUCAUUCUAUAGAUGCUGCACCGAUUGGAAACCCCAUGUUUCUGUAAGCAUCGUUUCCUGUGACAGUGGGUCUUUUGGGCUGAUGAUCUCCAUUGUGCUUAAAGGUUUAUCUCAGUUAGGUAUGGGGAACCUGUGGCUCUCCAGAUGUUGUUGGACUCUCAUCAUCACCAGCCAGCCUAGGUGUUGAAGUCCAGCAACAUCUGGAGGGCCACAGGUGUGUCAUCCCUGACCUAAACCAAUUAUUUCUAAAUUGCAUUCCUAGGAAUUCAGAGAUUCCUUGGAGAGAGCAACAGUGGAUGCACUUCUCUCAAAAACAGUCCAUCCACUACCAUCUUCUCCUACAGUAUACAGCCACAGUGUGUGUGUGUUCCAGGUGCACUCUUAUGAUGAAGACAGACAUAAUAAUAAUAGAGAAGUCUCUCCUCCUGGCUUUUCAACUGGAGUGAAAGAUUCAAAUACCCAUGAAUCAAACACUGUUUGAGCCGUCAGCCUUGCAUUCCUAUGGUUCUGGUUGGAUCCUACCUUUAUAACUAAACGUAUUGCCAUAUGCAUGUCCUUCAUGCUUGUUUUUAAUGCUCCCUGUUUUUUAAAAGUGCUCCCUGGAUUGGGGAAAGAGGUGUCCUGCACAUAACAAACUUUUGCUGCAGACUCAUAGAGCCAUUUCUCCUUGCACCAAAGCUCAAUUCUUGAGAGGGCAAGGUACAUGCGUAGUGAAUACAUUGAAGGCGCUUUCAAAGGAGAGCCACUGCUUUACAAGUAUUAUGUGUGUCUUCAUCUGUAGUUCAGUGACAAGGCCCAACAGUGUCCUGCAUAUAUGGAGAGAGAAGGGCUAUAGCUUAGUGGCAGAGCACACGCUUUGCAUACAGAACAUCUCUGGUUCAAUACAUGGUAUCUCCAAUUUUUAAAAGGAGCGGGAAGGUGGUGAUGUGAAAGUCUCUUGUCCACAAUGUAUGUUGACAGUACAGCAGGGCCCCACUCAUACGGCAGGUUCCGUUCUGGACUGCUGCUGCAAAGCAAAAUCCGCCGUAAAGCAGAACGCAUUGACUAACAUUGUCUAAAAUUGCACCUGAUGCCUGAAAAAUGCCGUAAAAGUGGAACAAGCGCUGUAGGAGCGGGGCCUUUCUGCAAUUGACAACCGCCGUAUCGGUGGAACGCCGCAAAGCAGGGCCCUACUGUAAUUAAUUAGAUUGACCAAUUAUCUGACUCUGUAUAAGACAGGUUCCAAUGUGUUUUCAUGGACUCGUGCUUGAGCUGCUGUAGUUAUCACACACAGUCACAUACCUGUGUUGAUAUCUGAUGUAAAAACUGAACCAUGCUCCUAGAAAUAGUUUUAAUUGCAAUAGGCUAAAAGAAGCCCUCUCUGUGAAUCUUCGGAUAAAUCCCAGUGGACAAGAAUUUCUCUCUCUCUCUCUCCACACACACACACACAGAGGUGUGUGUGUGGUGUCACCAAAAAAAAAACAGCUCUGUAGGGUAUAAAGGAUUUCUUUUACUAAAAAUAACUAGUGCCCAGGGAGAAAAGCAAAGAGAGCCAAAAACAGGAGGGAAGAAAACAAAACAGCUUCAGAGCUGGAGCUGAGAGUUUUGCAUGUUUACAGGCUUUUGCACAAUUUUCCCAUGCUCUCACGGGAAGGGAAAAUUCGACAUGAUCUCUGACUUCAUUGGAUUUAUUUAUGAAGGAUUUCCCCCCCAUUUUAGUGUUAGGAGCCAGUAUGAUGCAAUGAUUAAUCAGAGACUCUGCAAUUGUUCAGAAUUCAAAAUAAGUUAUUGGAAGGCAUUAUUCAAGUCAGGCGAGAUCUCAUACCAGUUUUCGUUCAUUACAAACUAUUGUCUAGCUGCAUAUGGGAAAUGUGGAUUAUUAUUUUUUUAAGAGCCUUUAUUCUGUGGAGUUGUGAAGGAAGAAGAGUAUUAAGAUAACUGUUAUCUUUAAAGACAGGGAGCCAAAGGUCAAGUGAAGCUGUGCCACUUCUUGACCACUAGACUUGCCAUAACUGUUUUCUUUCCUACCUGUUGUAGCAGAAACUACCAAUGUGCAUUUAUUUUUCUUCCCCUCUCCAAUCCUGAGGGCUAGUAACUUACUUUAAACAAAAAUAAUGUAAUCACACUUGAAAGCCUGGGCUUUUUCUCUGGCUGCUGGAUUCUGCAUUAGACUCUUAUAAUCCACACUCCUUGGUGUGACUGCAGCAGUACAGAGCCCCUUUGAGUAACCAUGAUAAGCAAAAUAUAUCCAUAUCAGAAGGCGAAUCAUUUUGAAUGCCCUUUUUGUGAUUUGUGAAUCAGGAAAUGAAAACAGAUUAUUAGUCCUGGGCUUGUUUUAAUCAUAUUGGGUCAAAGAAAGAAUUAUCUGUCAAGAAAAUUAAGUGUUACUUCAUCACCUUGAACAAAAUCCAAAUUCAAAUGGAACACUUUGAAGUCAUUUUGACUUCAGUAGGAAAAUUUCAAAGGUACACUUAAACCUCUUCCACUGAAAUCAAUGGGACUUAAAAGGAUGCAACUUUGUUUGGAGAGAUCGCUCUGUUUUAGGCCUAUAAGACUUUCCUCCUACUCACCAAACCUUAAGAUAAUGAUUAGCCGAUAGCAAUAAAAAAUUUUUUUACAAAAGUAGAAACUUGUUUUUCCCCAGGAACAAUGGGAGACAUGCUUUGAUAGUCAUGCUCAGAGUAGAUCUAUUGAAAUAAAUUUAGUAACUUAAGUCCAGUUAUUUCAGUGGGUCUACUGUGAGUAUCAUUUAGUUGGAUAUUUAUCUUUUGUGACACUUGUUGGUCUCCUAGAACCGGCCAACCCUCCCAGAACUGGGGAUGAUUUACUGUUAUGCUUCAUUCCCAGGAAAUGAUGUGUGUGAACAGUUCGAAUGGGGUUUUUGUUCAAGAUUCAAAUGUCAUCUUGGAAGCUGCCGGUGUACUUUUCUUCAGAAAUACGACUGGGUCAUGGGGGGCAGGUACCAUUUUGAAAAGAAAGAACAUCAUUCUGCACUAGCUGUAGGAAUUUUACCACCUACACACAAAUUUUCCAAAAGGUUAAGGAGAGGCAAAAUCCCAUUGGCUAAGAUUUUGAUGCAGGCUCUUAAGAACCUAGAUUUUUUUCCCCAAAGCUCCAGUCAAGGAGAUGCAUGCUGAAAUAAAUGUAAACAAGCAUGCCUGAAGCAAAACAUUGCAGUGUAGAAUACUCCUGUUGACUAUGGCAGUCAGUCAGCCUUGCCAUCCUCCAUGAUGCUCUGUUCCUUACUACCUUCCGUCUGAUUUUCAAUUUCCCUACACGGAGUUGGCAUUCCAUGACCGCUGAGCAUGCUCAAGUUAAGCUUUUCUUUGUGAACAGAUGUUUUGUAUUUCUGCAAACGUCCGGGUUCUCCUAAGCCUUCUGAUACCUCUCCCUUGCAUGUGAAUGUCAUGGUUCGGCUUCAUAAGCACCAGUGCUCACCUGUGGACAAUGGAAAUAAAGAGAGUGAUAUUGCACUCUUCGUCCCCACCCCCUAUAGCAGCGAAUUACCAGGAAGAUACUAGGCAAGAUGCAGGUGAGCAGGGCAUCUCCCUGUGAUGUCUUGUUUGUGCCUCACUGAUGUUCAAAAGGCAGUAGUAUAGUGGCAAAUUCAGAAACGUAGAGUCCCUUCAUGGUAGUCAUGCCACACCUCUCAUAGCCAGGCCCCCUUUUCCACCUCCCUUGCUCUCUGUGUCAGCUCACGAGUCCCCACUCCACUACAACAGACAUCCCUUUCACAUGAAAGAGGAGGCCAUGUGUUAGCUACUGAGAAGAAUCUUCUCAGUGGCUGACUCACCUCCUUGGUGGCAUCAAUCAGCACGAAAGGACAAGGAUUCUUCUCAGUGGCUCCAUUUUCUUACUGAUUGGCUGAAACAUAGGGACCUGGCUGGAACCUUGCUCCCAAAAAAGUAAGGGAUCUACAACCCUUCAUGACCCCUAACAACUAUUGUUGUUGUUAUGUGCCUUCAAGUCGAUUACGACUUAUGGCGAUCCUAUGAAUCAUCGUCCUCCAAUAGCAUCUGUCAUGAACCACCCUGUUCAGAUCUUGUAUUCAGGUCUGUGACUUCCUUUAUGGAAUCAAUCCAUCCCUUGUUUGGCCUUCCUUUUUUUCUACUCCCUUCUGUUUUCCCCAGCAUAUUGUCUUUUCUAGUGAAUCAUGUCUUCUCAUUAUGUGUCCAAAGUAUGAUAACCUCAGUUUCAUCAUUUUAGCUUCUAAUGAUAGUUCUGGUUUAACUAAUGACUAUACCUCUGUCAAAAGAACAUGAUGCUCAAGAUUGAGUCAUAUGCUUAAAAUAUAGCCUGGCAUUUGAUAUCUGGCCAAGGAGACAAUUCAUGAAAUAAUUUGUAAUUUCCCAUGCACUGAAUCCUAAAGAAGCUCAUGAUUUAGUUCUGCAUAUAUCCAAGGAAGGCUUCUUGAACAUUAGUCCUCCAUGUCGCAUUGUAAACCUCUUUUGAAACAGACCAGAGUUUCAUAAGUCCUUCGCACAGGUGUGUAGCUCUGCCAUUUCAAGUUAAAAAACAAAUCACUGGGCAAGCUUUUUGGCACAACUAAAGGUAAUUCUUUGCAUCCUGUCCUGUGUCUGUAUUCUCAAAGGUCAUCAUGCAGGUGUAUAGCAAUUGUGAUGAACAAGAAUACUUGAUACACAAUGAGAACCUAACUCUUCCCUUUUGGCAUCACUUGCUUUGCAUCACUUGUAAAUCUCUUUAUUUAAACAAAUAUUUCUAUGCUGUGUUUUGGUUGAGUGGAGCCCCAGAAAUCCUCUCGUAUAGAAAAUGGUGUUCCUGAAAUUCAGGUGGUCCUUGAAAGGUGUAUACACAUUUCAGUUGCUGCAUUUUUAAUUUUUAUUUUGCAAACUGCACAGAAACGGAGGCCCAGAGCUUUCAUUUUGCUGACUGCUGCUUCUAUUCAUUUAAAUUAGAAAAGUGGGUAUUUAACUGUGCAUGUGCUAUUCCUAGGCAAUGCAAGGGACAUUUAUUUUGUAUGGGGGUAUCCAUGCAUACAUAGGUGAUGCUAUGCAAAGAAUAAUACCUGAGUACAAAAUGUUAAGUGAGAAGUAGCCCUCAAAUGUCGUUCUCAAAUCCUAAGCACAUGUACUCUGAAAUAAGCCCUGUUCAGUCCAAUGGUUUUUACUCCCAAGUAAUUGUGUAUAGGAUUGCUGCCUCAAAUUAUGAAACUGCGUUUGAGAAAUUUGAUUGCAGUGGUCAUUUCAUGGCUUUUAUGUCCGUUGGUUGGAAGCAUUUCUUUCUGUCUCUCCAAGGGUCAUUGGCUUCACCCAGUGGUCUAGCUGCAAAGGACUUAUGUAGCAGCAGACGGCAUGGAACACUAAUUGCUGAAAACCGCAUGAGGGGAGAGUGCUGUUGUGCUCAGGUCCUGCUUCUGGGCGUCCCAUAGGCAAGCAUGUAGUUGGCCACUGUGAGUACAGCAUGCUGGACUAGAGGGGGUAUUGGCCUGUUCCAGCAGGGCUCUCCUUAUGUUCUUAUGGUGGGGCAGAGGUACUUAUCUGACCUCCCAGCAGGAGAGUCAUUGCUACUUACCGGGAGGGGUGCAGUGGCAGUGAGGCAUACACCAACCAGAGUGCUGGAUUUGCACCAUGCCAACAUCACCACCACCUUGCCACUCCCAAUCAGCAGCAAUGACUCACCUGCCAGGAGGUCAGGCAAGCUGCCUGCUACUGGGUGUAUUGCAAAAGUAAACACUGUUAGGAAUCUUUAACAAAUUAAGUUUUUCUGUCAAUCAUUUUUUGCAACAGUCAUUUUUAAAGAGGUCCUCCGACUGACUUAGCAAAUCUUGUCAUUUAAAAAAUGUUUUUUAGCAAAAUUAUUUUGAUAAGUAUCUUGCAUCCGCAUUUUACCAUUUUAACAGUCUUAUUUGCACUAGUUUACCUGAUUGUGGGGUUGAGAGACCAAAGGCUUAAAGACUUCAGGGCCCAUUCAUAAACAUACUUUUAUGUUAUGUAAAUCCUAUAACCCAAAUCCAACUCUAGUCUUGCUAUAAAAAAAGUACUAUUUGGUCAUGAUUAGUUUCCAUCAGGAAGGUGGAAGGGAAUGUGCAUCCAAAUCUGUAUCCUACUGAACACUACAGUGUUGAUGAAUGGCAUUCACAUUGAAAUGUGGAUUCCAAUGCACACGGGUUCCUGAAGGACUUCUUUUUUUUUUCUGCCCAGAUCCCCAUUGCUGGAUCAGGGUGGUAUAUAUUUAAUGCAACUUUGGGAGAUGCUAAUAUAGUUAUAACUGGGUACACAACAUUCUUUUGUGCGGUAUACUUGUGUAAAACCAAAUUUCUUUGUGUUCUGACUUGCUUUCAAAAUGACACAGUGUGUUAGGAAGUGUUAUUGUUUAGUCUGGCGUGUAUGUCUUAAGUUAGCAUGGGAGUUUUUCUUAAAAAUAACAGUGAGGUGAGGCAAAUAGCAUCUCAACUAUCUGGACCAACUGAGAUGGAAGUGUAUACGAUCCCAUUUUUUAAAUGCAUUUUUAUGUGUGUAACUCAGGGAAUUUUAUAAUUUCAGGCAUUUUGAAUGCCAUUUUAAAAAAUGCUUUUAUAUUUGCAGUCAUAUUUAUGAC